UGGCGUUUCUCAGACCCGCGGCUCCUCCUCACACGCUCGAGGCGGAGGGAAGGAGGGGGAAGAGGAGGAGGAGGCGAGCGGGCGGCUGCCGCAGCUGCAGACCCGGGGCCAGAGGAGGAGGCGGAGCGGGAGUCGCCGCAGCCACCCGGGCCGCCGCCGUCGCCGCCGCCCGCGGACGCGAGGCUGCUCCGAGUCCUAUCCAGGCUUGAGGGGCGCACGGCGCGCCCCAGCCAUGCCCCGCCGAGGCAGCUGAGCCGGGCGCCGGCCGCUUCAGCCGCCGCGCCCCCCUCGGCCGCCCGCGGCUGGAGCUGCCCGGCGCCUCCCGCGCGCCCCAGACCGCGAGCGCGCGAGCAGUGGCGGCCACCGAGGCGCGCUGGUGCCGGCGGCCGGCCGGGGAGCGCGGGACUGACGGACGGAGGCGGGGAAGAUGGACCCGGCGCCCUCGCUGGGCUGCAGCCUCAAGGAUGUGAAGUGGAGCUCGGUGGCCGUGCCACUCGACCUGCUGGUCAGCACUUACCGGCUGCCCCAGAUCGCGCGGCUGGACAGCGGAGAAUGCAUAGAAGGGCUGCGGGAGAAUGACUAUCUUCUGAUCCAUUCAUGUCGUCAGUGGACCACCAUCACUGCCCACAGCCUGGAGGAGGGCCACUAUGUCAUUGGGCCAAAGAUAGAGAUUCCGGUACAUUAUGCAGGACAAUUCAAGCUGCUGGAACAAGACCGAGAUAUAAAAGAGCCAGUGCAAUACUUCAACAGUGUGGAGGAGGUGGCUAAAGCAUUCCCUGAGCGCGUAUACGUCAUGGAGGAGAUAACUUUCAAUGUGAAGGUUGCUUCAGGUGAAUGCAAUGAAGACACUGAGGUUUACAACAUCACCCUGUGUACUGGGGAUGAACUCACUCUUAUGGGGCAGGCAGAAAUCCUUUAUGCAAAGACUUUCAAGGAGAAGUCACGCCUCAACACAAUCUUCAAAAAGAUUGGGAAGUUCAAUUCCAUCAGCAGGCUGGGAAAAGGCAAAAUGCCAUGCCUCAUUUGCAUGAAUCACCGGACCAAUGAAAGUAUCAGCCUUCCAUUCCAGUGCAAGGGCAGAUUUAGCACCCGAAGUCCCCUGGAACUUCAGAUGCAGGAGGGUGAGCACACCAUCCGAAACAUUGUGGAGAAAACCCGACUCCCUGUGAAUGUGACUGUGCCCAGUCCUCCACCCAGGAACCCCUAUGACCUCCACUUCAUCCGGGAGGGGCACCGCUACAAGUUUGUGAACAUCCAGACUAAGACAGUGGUGGUCUGCUGUGUGUUGAGAAACAACAAGAUCCUCCCCAUGCACUUUCCUUUGCACUUGACCGUCCCCAAGUUCAGCCUCCCUGAACACCUUGUAAAGGGAGAGCUGUGGCCUGAAACCCUGGUCCAUCACUGGCUGGGUAUCUGCCAAGAGCAGUUUGACAUUGAUGAGUAUUCACGGGCUGUCCGUGAUGUGAAAACAGACUGGAAUGAGGACUGCAAGAGCCCCAAGAAGGGCCGGUGCUCUGGCCACAACCAUGUCCCCAAUUCCCUCAGCUAUGCCCGAGAUGAGCUCACCCAGUCCUUCCACAGGCUCUCAGUCUGUGUAUAUGGCAACAAUCUCCAUGGCAACAGUGAGGUGAACCUCCAUGGCUGCAGGGACCUGGGGGGAGAAUGGGCUCCCUUUCCUCAUGACAUUUUGCCCUAUCAGGACUCCGGUGACAGUGGGAGUGACUACCUUUUCCCAGAGGCUGGUGAAGAGUCUGUGGGUGUCCAAGGGAAGUCAGAACUCCCUUACGAAGAGCUUUGGCUAGAGGAAGGCAAGCCCAACCGUCAGCCUCUCACUCGCUCACUGAGUGAGAAAAGCAGAUGUGACCCAUUGAGGGGCUCUGUCAAGUCUAAAUGUACGACUUCACCUCUUCCUGUCCCUGGGACUCUUGGAGCCACAAUGAAGUCUUCAGAAAUUGCCCUACCUCCACCUCCGGUGCCUCCCAAAUCUGAAGCCGUCAGGGAAGAAUGCCGGCUCCUGAAUGCCCCACCUGUUCCACCCCGAAGCGCAAAGCCUUUGUCCACCAGUCCCUCCAUCCCUCCUCGCACAGUCAAGCCAGCGCGGCCACAGACUCGCUCUCCCAGCCCCACCUUGUCCUACUAUUCUUCAGGGCUGCACAGCAUCAGUGUUACUAAAAGUGACACAAAUCCUUCUGACAAUGCUCCUGUGUCCUGCUACCCCUGCAAUCGAGUGAAAACAGACUCAGUGGACUUGAAAUCCCCUUCUGGAAGUCCUUCUGCUGAAGCACUCGCCUCACGACUCUCGUGGCCUAACCAUUAUUCAGGAGUAUCCGAAAACCAGACCAGGAGUGACUUCCUACUGGAUCCAAGCAGGAGUUACAGUUACCCCAGACAAAAGACACCAGGCACACCAAAGAGAACCUGCCCAGCGCCUUUUGAUUUCGAUGGCUGUGAGCUUCCUGGCAGCCCUCCAACUUGCGCCACUGCAGAAUUCAGUGGCAGCGUCUCUGGUUGUCCCAAGUCAGCCAGCUACUCUCUGGAGAGCUCAGAGGAGAGCACUGUUGCAGCUGGCAUGAGCAAGCAGAGUGUCUCCUGCCCUGCUUUGCCCCCCAGGGCCCCAAAGCCAGUGGAACAGAAAGCCACCUGUGAAACAUCUCCUUUGCCUCUGAAAAUCGAUGGUGCUGAGGAGGGCCCCGAGUCGGGGUCACUGGACCUCUCUGAGGACCAGUAUUUUGUCAAAAAGGGCAUGCCGGACAUCUUCUCUGUCUCUUACCCUUUCUCAUCUCCGCUCCACCUCCAGCUGGCCCCUAGGUCCUGUGGUGACGGCUCUCCAUGGCAGCCACCUGCUGACCUGUCGGGACUGUCCAUAGAGGAAGUGUCCAAGUCCUUACGGUUCAUUGGUUUGUCUGAAGAUGUCAUAUCCUUCUUUGUCACUGAAAAGAUUGACGGGAAUUUGCUUGUUCAACUAACAGAAGAAAUCCUCUCAGAGGAUUUCAAAUUAAGCAAACUGCAAGUGAAGAAAAUAAUGCAAUUCAUUAAUGGCUGGAGGCCCAAAAUUUAGCCAAAUAGCCCUAGGUAGCAUGGAACAAAACAAAGCAGUGUGUGUGCUAUAGAAGGGAUGGGCUGGGACACAGUUUCAUGUUUUUGCACUAAAAACCUUCUCUGUAAAUAGGGAUAAGAGACUCUUACUAUGCAGAUUACGUUUCUGAAUGGUGAACAGGCUAUUUUGUACAUCAAUAAAAAUGCUGUACAGAACACUUAGAGGUGUGCCUUGUACAUCACUCAACACCCAGCAGCUGCUAAAAGAACAAAGGCAUAUUCAGAGAACUCAUUCUUACCCUGGUAGGUUUUGUGAGAAGGUAUGAUAUUUAUUACAAAAUAGCCAAAGCUGAAAGACAUAAGAAUCUUUAAAAAAAAAAAAAAAGAAAAAGAAAGAAAGAAAAACAUUGUGAAUAAUUCCCUUCAUUCAUUGGGAGAGUUGACUCUAGACAAUUAACUGUUCUGUGCUCUGUUGUUUGGAUUGCUUCAUGCUAAUUGUUUUACUCUUGUGCCUGAAAAUGUUAGUGAUAUAAAUAAUGACACUUUAACAUUGUAUGCUUGGUGGAGAUUGUUUUAUCAAAAGGCAUUUCCCAAAACUCAUGUAUUGAUAGAGGAUAUAUAACGUCCUUAGAAAUAAGACAAAUCAUGAUCAUAAAAAUGGAUCUGUAACUGCUGCUAGUUUUAUUGAGCAGAGAGAAACAAGGUGAAGUAUCCGUAUAGGUGUAUAUGUAUGUGUGGAGGUGUGCAUAUGCAUAUGUAUAUACACACAUAUGUGUUUUAAACAUAAUUUUGAAUCGAUGUUUUAGAUAAUAUAUGUUUACUCUCAAAUACUCAUUGAGGUUUUGAGACUACUAUGUUGAUUCUCUUAGACACAGUGGACAGAAUGAUUCCAAAGAUUCUCAGAACCCUAAACCUUGAAGCUCAGGCUUCAUCACUGGAAAUGUGGAAGAAAUCUGUAAAGAGUUUGUAGUAAAGGAUGGUGUGAGCUCUUUAAGCCCAUGAUAGGGCUGCUUGCUGCAUAUCCAUGCUGAUGUUUGGCCAAGUGACAGUUGCUAUUGAGUGAUCAUUUUGGCUUUGAAGGUCUGCGAUAAGCGAUCUGAUGGGCAUUUCUCAGUGUCCGCUGUUCACAGCAUGCCUCUGGCUUUAGGAAACUCAACAAUCAGAUGAUCCAUCCUUCUAUUUUCGUAUGCACUGCAUCUGUUGAGUGAUUCUUAAAAUACCAAUAAGAGUUUGUGCUAAUUUCUUAAGCCUCAUCUUUCUUUUCUUCCAAAGAAAGUGAUACCUCCUUAUCAGACUUUUACUCCAAGAAUUCCAGAAUGUGUAUCUGAGUACUUUUACUAAAGGUGAUUAAAUAGUCCAAAAUGCCAUCAUCCUCACUCUUGACUUUUUUUUUUGCCAGUCCUGGAGCUUGAACUCAGGUCCUGAGCACUGUACCUGGCUUCCUUUUGCUCAAGGCUAGCA